UGCACGCAGACGUUCAAUGUGACUGAGUAUUGUGGAGCUCGGCGAAAAAAAGAUGGCUUUGUCACAGGAAGAUGUGAAUGCUGCUUUGAGUACUCCAGAUCCUAGCACUAAUGAUUUUAUUUUCCAGCAGACUAUGUUCCGUGUAAAGGAUCCCAAAGCCUCGCUUGAUUUUUAUUCCCGCAUUCUUGGAAUGAGGUUAUUGACCAAAUAUGACUUUCCUGAAAUGAAGUUUUCAUUGUUCUUCAUGGGCUUUGAGAAGGAAGAGGAUAUGCCAAGUGACCCACUUGAAAGAACAAAAUGGGCAUUUACGAGGAAAGCCACUCUGGAGCUUACGCAUAACUGGGGAACAGAAAAUGAUCCAAAUGCAUCAUAUCACAAUGGGAACACUGAACCUAAAGGAUUUGGUCAUAUAGGUGUAGUUGUUCCUGAUGUUGACAAGGCCUGCGAGAGAUUUGAUCAGCUUGGGGUGCAGUUUGUCAAGAAACCAAAUGAUGGGAAGAUGAAAGGACUUGCAUUUAUCAAGGACCCAGACGGCUACUGGAUUGAAAUUCUUAAUGCAGAUAACAUGACAAAAAUUUGCCCCUAAAUGAUGUGCUCUGGUUAAUGUCUGCAGAAAUGUUGUUUUUGUAGUUAUUUUCUAGUAAAUGAAGAAUUAGUUAUGCCAAAAUUUGUAACUUUUGUUUUGUAGUAUGGUAAAAACUAUGAAAUAGUAUGGAUAUGUUGUGCCAUGAAUGUACAACAAUGAACCUAAAGCUGAUAUAUAUGUUAUUAUUGUCUGGCAUUUAACAAUAAAAUUAUAUUUUCUGCAGUUAUAAAAAAAAAACGAUUUUCCAUUUUAUUGGAUACUUAGAGCUUUAGCAUGGAGAGGAUUUCAUUUAUUUUUGAAAUAUUUGAGAUUCUAUCUUUCGUACAUUACUAUAUACAUUGUACUUAUUCUACAAGUAAUUUUUAAACAAAACAAAACAAUGUGACUAACAGCAUGACAAUGAACAUAAUAAAUAAUGAUAAUAUUCAGUGAAAACAUAAUUUUGUAUUAAUUAAUCUUGUAUAGUAGCUCAACUUGUUGCACAAUGCAACUUUUACCUAAAACGUCUGACAAUUUGACUUCACAAAUAUAACAAUCUUAGAUCUAUAAUUGAAACAUUCUAAAGCUACUUUUUUGGAUAGCUUCAUGGAAUGAAAGCUUUCACUGAAUUGUGCAACAUUUUGCACUAAAUUUAUAUUUUUUGCCAAUUAAAAAUAUAUACUAUCAAGUUGAAUUACCUAAACACAGAAGGUAAUAAAGGUCUUUACUCCUAUGUAUGCUUAUCAUUAAUAAUAUCCCUUAUUCUGUAGACCACACUAGUUUAGGUAACAUCCAAUAAAAUAAACAAGAAAUAAUACUCAAGAGAAUGAAGUUAAAAAAUAAAUUUCAAUAGGACAUUUGCUUUAUGGUUUCAUUAACUACAAUGACCAGAAUUGAUGGUUUUCAUGGCGGCCAUGUUGGAGGAACUUAACAAAAGAAUUGCCAAUGAAUACUUUUGUUAUAUCCUCCAACAUGAACGCCAUGUCUUGUUAUUUAAUUCUCUUGGGAAUGGUUGAAAACCAUCAAUACCUUGCACACUUUCUUUUGUUCAGUUAAUUAGCACCAAUUAUUAAUUACUAUUCUCAUUAGGGAAUACCAAUUUGAAUAAGAAAGAACAUUCUUGAAGCAUUUUGUUUGAGGUAGUCAAAUGAUGCCAUCAUGCCAAUAAUACCCUAUUUCAAACUGUAAGUUUGCCAUGCCCUGAUCAGUCCAGAGCUUGUAAUAAUUGUUUUAGUGUAUCAAUAAAAUUAUCCAUACCCUCC